GUCAGCAAGUUUGCCCUCUUGUAGCGCUCACGCGACCGUACGUGCUAGUAUAAAGAUAAAACUACAUUUCCCAGCAUUCUCUGCUCCGGCAGCUUGUUUAUCCAAUGGUCAUUCGAUGCGCUCCUCUGACAACCAAUCGGACAGUAAUCGCUUAAUUCUAACGGUUAAAUACCAUGAAAAUCCCACUUACCAGUACUAUUUACUUACUUAAUUUUCCACCUCCGGAUACACACAGUAAUGUUGUGAUUUUGAUGCAAGACACGUGUUUCACAUCGUCACGGAUUUCAAGUUUUGACACGCUCAAGAUGCUGUCAGGUCUCCGGUUGUGUGUCCGCUCGUUGUGUAGAGGUUGGUCGGUUCGCGGCAUGAGUUUAUCGCCGCGUCAGAUCAACCGAUGGCCGAGCAACGAGUCCUCCGAGCCUCCUGCGGACAGUCCUCGAGUCCUCAUCACAGGUGGCCUGGGACAGCUUGGAGUUGGACUAGCUGAAAUGCUGAGGAAGCAGUAUGGAAAGGAAAACAUCAUCCUGUCAGACAUUAGGAGGCCUCCCGCUGAAGUUUAUAGCAUGGGUCCGUUUGUAUACGCUGACGUGCUGGACUAUAAAAACCUGAGGGAACUAGUUGUGAAUAACAGAAUCACCUGGCUGGUGCAUUACAGUGCAUUACUCAGUGCUAUUGGGGAAGCUAACUUGGCUCUUGCCCGCACCAUCAAUAUCACAGGACUGCAUAAUGUGUUAGAUCUGGCUCUGGAGAACUGCUUGCGACUGUUUGUACCCAGUACCAUAGGAGCUUUCGGCCCUUCAUCUCCCUGUGACCCAGCACCUGACCUCUGUAUCCAGAGACCUCGCACCAUUUAUGGGGUUUCCAAAGUCCAUGCAGAGCUGAUGGGGGAAUAUCUCCACCAUAAAUAUGGCCUGGAUUUCCGAUGCUUGCGAUACCCAGGAGUCGUUUCUGCCCACACCAAGCCAGGAGGAGGCACUACUGAUUAUGCUGUCCAGAUAUUUCAUGAUGCCCUCAGCACCGGCCACCAUGAAUGUUACUUGCGCUCCAACACUCGGCUUCCCAUGAUGCACAUUUCUGAUUGUCACAGGGCCACCAUUGAGUUCAUGCAGGCCCCGGAAAGCCAACUUUCCCUGCGUACUUACAACAUCGCAGCCAUGAGCUUCAAACCUGAAGAAGUGGCAGAAGAGAUUCGCAAACACCUGCCCCACCUGAGGGUCACGUACAAUCCUGAUACCAUUCGGCAGACUAUUGCGGACAGCUGGCCAGUGCGGUUUGAUGACUCUAACGCACGUCAGGACUGGGGCUGGAAGCCUGCGUACGGCCUGUCAGAGCUGGUCACAGACAUGCUGGCCUCCAUCCGUGAAAAAAGAACCAAUGCAGGACUACCUGUCAGCUAGCAAGUUUCUCAGGGACUGAUACACAGAUCACCAGCACCUUUCCAGUACAUUUCCAAAUUCUGACACUGACUGCUGACACUGACAGUUCUCUAAAUAUGUAUGCUUGUGAAGAAAACAUGUUAACCAACAGUGAAAACUCACAUUCUCUCACCGCUCAGGAGACUCUGUCUUUCUUCUCUGUGAUCUGUUCUUACAUAGUUUUUAAGCUGUCAUGGGACAGGGGAAAACAAGGAAACAACAAAAUUCUGAUGAAUACAGUAUAAUAAUAAUAAUAAUAAUAAUAAUAUCAUUGCACACAUUAGAGAUGAAACUGUCCAAUUUAAUUAUUUUAGAGACAUCAUACACUAUAUUAAAAUAAAAAUUCUGGCUGGCCCAAACUUCAAUGAUCUGAUGUUAUAAUUAAAACUCUGCUUUCCUAAUCUUAACCAAUCAUGACAUUCUGUUUGGGAGGGGUUGGAUUUUGACCCCACAAAUGCUCCAUUUCUACAAAUACAGUAAGGACCACUAGACACCUCGCUCUGUGCUCUAGUCUAGACUACUCCAUGUAUUGUGUACAAGAGGAAGUGUCUCAGUUUGAGCACAGCCAUGGGCAGAAAAUACUUUAAACCACUACUACCUUUAGUGUGAAUCAAAAGACUGCCUUUUUUCCAACUGCUAUGGCUGAGGAAAUCACAGUUGCCUGAAUUUUGGGUUCUGUUAAACCCACUUUUGUCUGUAUUGGCUUUUUUUUUUUAUUUAGGGUCAGUUAUCAAAUGACUCUGGGUUCACAAUGCAUAGUGUGGUGGUGUGAAUUAAGUACUUAAUCGCUCAGCAUUGCUGAUGUAUUAUAAUAUACUGUGAAGAGUUUUUUUUAACACAUUUUUUGUUAACUCAGAAGAGCAGAACUACUGGAUAAAACACCCAAAGCGGCCUUGCAAUAGUAAAGAGGGUGUUCUUUGGCUUUGGCCUGUCUGAAAG